UAUAUGGUUUGCAAUGAAUCAACUGAUGAUGCAAGUUACACUAGUCCUUAUAAUAACGACCCCAAUAUUUUAGACGACGAAACUAUAGUCAAUGAAUCUUUGUUAGGAACCGAAUCGAAUACUAUGAGUCAUCGGUUGUUGAACAGUGGUCCACCUUUACAUUUGGAAGGAGAAAGUGACUCGGCUAUAAAACGGUCCUGCAAUAUGAAAAGUCUAUAUGUGCUGGUCUUCUUAAAUGCUUUUUCUGUGGGACUAUAUGUGCCUUCUAUACCAGAAUUAUUGUUGGAUGCCUGUGAUGGAGAUUUAUCUAAAGCAACGUUGCUACAAGGUUAUAUCAGUUCUUUGGGUGCUUUCUUGGAAGUAUUUUCAAACUCUUUUCUAGGAAGCUUAUCUGAUAGGAGAGGUCGUAAACCCUUUCUCCUGCUUUCAUUAUUUGGACAAGCUCUGAAUUUACUUGUCAUAUGUAGUUAUCCAAAGUACACUGCAACCUAUUUUGUCGGCAGAGUUUUUUAUAGUCUCACCGCCAGUUUCUUGACUGUGAUCAACAGUUGUGUUGCAGAUAUGAGAAAUUUUCAAUCACAUUUAUCUUCAGCCUUUGGUAUGGUUGGAGCUUCUUUUGGUGUUGGUUUUGCUAUUGCACCAUCUUUGGGUGGAUACUUAUCCAAAUCGUUCGAUACACUAUUUCCUCUUUAUGUAUCAUUUCUGUUACAAGUUUUUUGUAUGGUAAAUUGGCUGCAAGAAUGUGUAAAUGGCUGUAUAUUUUAUAUGAUGUAUAAGGUUUAUGUUUUGUUACUUUUCCAAGAAACCAAAAUUCAAAUAUCUGUUUCGGAGAGCAAUCUUCAUAAUAUCGUUUAUCAUAUGGUCUCUGGAAUUCGACUCUUUUUAAGCUCCGAUGCAAUGACUCUCGUUGCUUUGGCUAUCGUCUUUCUAGGAAUGAAUGAAGGAAUUUUUACAAUUAUCUAUAUGUAUUGUCGUCAACGAUUUCAAUGGCAUACUACGGAGCUUGGAUUAUUUCUUUCCAGUGUUGGAGCAGUUGCUUUAUUAUCUCAAGGCAUUGUUAUUCGUUAUUUGGUUGGCCAUUUUGGAGAACAUUUUACACUGCUACUUAGCAUAGCUAUAGAUGCUCUUCAUUUUUUGGGUUAUGGCAUGGCAACUAGAGGUUGGAUGUUAUUUGUAAUUUUAUGGCUUGGAUGCAUUUCCUUUUGUGUCUUUCCUACACUCAACUCCAUUCUGGCAAAGAGAAUGCUGAAUGAAGAUCAUGGCUUGUUACAAGGUGGUAUUCAGAGUCUUCGAACUGUCACUCGAAUUGUGAGUCCUUUGUUAUUCAGUGAAGUUUUUCGUAUAAGUGUUCAAUAUACGCUUCCAUUGGGUAUUCCGUUUUGGAUAUGUUGUGUCUUCUGUCUUGCUGCUUGGUUCGCAAUGUCUUCUGCAUUGAAAAGAAUGCAGUCAGUCUAAUCUUUUAGUGGUGUGCGAAACAACA